AUGGAAGCAAAAACUCACCAUAUAAUGAUGUUUCCAUGGCUGGCAUUUGGCCACAUGUUACCCUUCUUUGAGUUAUCGAAGCAAUUCGCAGCAAAAGGGAUCUUUGUUUCAUAUGUUUCCACCCCACGAAACCUGCAGAGACUUCCUCCCAUCCCAUCAUCUUUAGCAGCCAAGAUGGAGCUUCUCGAGAUCCAAAUGCAGCCGGUUGACGGACUACCGGAGAAUUGUGAGGCCAGCAUAGAUAUCCAGCCUGCACAAAUGCCGUUCCUGAAGAAAGCAUACGACACGUUAGCUGAGCCAUUCGAGCAUCUGCUUCAGAAGGCAAUUCCAGAUCUGAUAGUUGUUGACUUUGCUGCAUACAGAAUUUCAGAAGUUGCUGUCAAGUACGGCGUAAGCACUGCGUUUUUCAGCGUUUCUUCAGCUUACAUGUUGGCCUACAUGGGGUCACCAGCAGAGCUCAAGGGUGGGAAGCAACUUCCCAGUCCAAAAAGCGACACCAAACCACACACGAAGGAGAAUGCAGAGGGAGUGUCCAGCGGCCAACGUAUAGGAAAGGUUAUCGAGGAAAGCAGCUUUAUUUUGGUGAGAAGCUGCGAGGACUUUGAGGGCAAGUACUUGAAUAUAAUUCGAGAACUAUAUAAGAAGCCAGUUUUACCUGUUGGCUUACUUCCUCCGAUUACUGAAGAGAGCGAGCAU